AUGGGAUAUCCCCCAAACCCUCUAGACCGGUCACCCGAUAUGCCGCCAAAGUCGUGGGCGACGCCCGAGCAACUGCAAUUUUUCAAGGAGAGAAUUCAAGGCUUUCUCGCUGCGCAGAAGGCCAACAAGGUCUCGCAGUUUAUGACGGAGACGGAGAGCGAAUUCUUUGAGAAAUGGCCAGAGCUGACGAAGAUGUACGGGCCAGACGUUGCGCUAGACGACCUCACUGAGGAGCAGAUGACCAAAUACGGUGCCGCCCUGCAAAAGCGGAAGGAUCAAAUGCGCUCCAAAUUCUACAAUGACGCGUACGCGACGCGCCGCGACACGCCAAAGGCCCUGACGCUAGCGGCCCUCCUCCCGGCCGCCCCACCUCCAGCCAAACGCGCGCCGCAGCGUCUAGAAGCGUACUCAAAACUUUACUACCAAGACAAGGUGAAGGCCUCGGUCGCCGAUGCAACCAAGGACGAAGACGUUCCGGAGGCCCGAAACAUCAACAUAGUUCAUCGCGAACUAGCAUCGGCCUUCAGCCUGGAACCUCCGGAGGUUCAGGCCGAAGUCCAAAGUUACAUACAACAGCAGAAGGCAGCCAUCGAACUGGCCAAAAAGGCGGCGGCCACGAUGCCAUCACUCGCCAAUCGCACUCCGGAGGAAUACAAUAGCGCGAUCAAAGAACUACCUCAAUUUCUAGGACCACUACUCAAGGUGGCUUCGGAGUUGACGGGCCUCUCCAUCAGUUGUUACGGGGGAGGGCCCUGGCCGGAGGAAGGUGGGGCGCUGCAGACCUUCAGCUUCCAUAUCGGCAAGACGGCAGCUGGCCACGAUUUUGCUGCUACAUAUGCAGGCCACGAGAAGUAUGUGAUGCAACCCUUCGGGAAGUUCCUUAAUGCGAAAUAUCCCCCCGCUGAACGUGACGACCCAGCCCGCGGCCCCAGUACUAUCCCCCUAGCUCCUCCUGCUGAUAUUGUCCCCGCUCCCGCUGUUGUCCCUCCUGCGGCCGACAUCACCGCGCCUCGUUCUGAGGUCGUCUCUACGGCCGCCGACGUCGCGGUUCCUCCUGGCCAAGUCGUGGCUCCUUCUCCUGUUGCCGAGUCGAUGGGGACCAUGUCCGUGGUGCCUGAACCAAACGCGCCCGAGCUUGUGCUGCUAUCAGGUGGCGCAGGUGCCGGCAUUCUCCCAGCGUCUGAUUCCUCAACCCCUGGGCUCGAGAACAUCGACAUCAGCUUCAUGCCCAUCCCCGUCGUUCUUCCGACCACGCUGAUGACAUCCGCGAUGGGCUCGAGCACCUUGGCCGCCGACGAUGACAUCUUUACGGCCGAGAACAUUGCACGUUACCUGCCCGCACCCACCAUCAACAACGUCGUCUUCCCGGAGUUCAAUCCCUUACCUUCUACUGUGCACCCGCCACCUGCUCUUCCGUUUGACCCAUCACUGUGGCUACCCUCGCAAUCUUCGAACGUGUCCUACAUGGACAAGCCGAAUACCAUUGAUGUCCAGGACCCUCUCGCGUCUUUCCCGUUCCCACCGGACACAUCGUCGACAUUCGAGUCUGCGAGUGCCUCAAGCACAGCGUUCACCUUCAACUUUGACUCGAUCGGUGUGCCAUCACAGCCCACCGCCCAACCCUCUGUCUCUAUGUCCGUGGCGCCUGCCUCGGCCGUGAACGCACAGGAUGGUUCCUUGCGUGAAGACACUUCCACCUCGACACCAGAGCUCACGCCGCCGCUGGCUGCGACCGCGUCGGUGACCUCCCCGCCGGCGACACCCACGUCUACCUCGGUCGCUGCUAUGUCUGAGUCGAUGCCAUCGCCUGAAGCAAUGUCGGUAUCGAUGUCUACGGCUACACCAGUAAUUACUGUGUCCGCCACGCCCGACCAAACGUCUUCGCGUAGCCCAUUAACGGAUGCGAUGCAGCAGUCUACUCAUGGGGGACGACCGCGCCGAGACCGGACAGCUCCCAAGCCUGCGGACGCUGAUUGGCAGCCGCCCAGUGCGCGCGGCAAGGAGAGUCACGGCCCUGCGACAGCUGUAAAGGUGGGAAAGCAAAAGGCAAAUGAAGCUCUGGCUGAGAAGGCCUCGAAGCGUCCACGUACAGUCUGA